CAUGGUCGGCUCCAUCCGCGAUCGGAACUGGGGGUAUGGGUUUUGGCGGACAAAUUGGUGCAGAAAUGACAGAUUUCGUUAUUGUUCUUAACAGUAGAGAAGCGGUUAAAUCAUUUAGUCAUGGCGUGUCUAUUGAAGGUUCGGUCAUUGUCGAACGAAAAGAUGCGAAUGCAAAGUUUUAUAACCGUAAGGUCACUGCAAAGGAACUUCUUUCAGGAAAAAUAUCACCUCCGCCUCAGGCCGACAUUUUAUACCGAGCACUUAAUUCCAGAGCUUUAAAUAAAAUUGAUGGCGUGAGUACAAUGUAUAAGCGUAGGUCGGAAGAUGGAGAGGAAGGAGAAGAUGCGUUUUCGGAGAACUCUACUGUUUCCACGAGGAAUUAUCGGCACUCUAUGCCAUCACGUAGCUUGUCAGAGAAAAAAAAAUCAGACGAUAGUGUGCGCAACUCCAGAUCUGUUCAAAGAGCAUUGUCUACAUCGAAUAAUUCGUCUGGCAGUGACAAAUCUCAUAAACCCAAACCUCCAAUAGCUCCGAAACCGGUUUUGCCGCCACGUGCAAAGAAGCCGACGAUGGCCGUUGCACUGUAUGACUUUUCGGGAGAACAGGAGGGGGACCUUGGGUUUAGCAAAGGAGAUCUCAUUGUGAUUAUAAAAAAAACGGAAUCCACUAAUGACUGGUAUUGA